AGAGAGAGUCCCUGAAAAGAAAGAAAUUCUUCUGCCCCGUCUCUGCGUCCACCAUCGUUUUCUCCUCUCCCGCAGAUUUUUUUUUCUUUGCUUCUCUUCUCGUUGCUCAGUUAGGGUUUUGAAAUCUGUCAUUAUCACCAUCUUCGUCGUCAACCCUCCAUUACCACCGUCGUCUCUCUCGUCUUUCGAGGCGUCCUUCGCCUUAAGAUUUCUCCGUUACUCGAUCCAUUUCUUGGGAGGACGCCUUUGGAGAUAUUGCGAUGGAUGAUGGGGGGCAUCGUGAGAAUGGUCGGCAUAAAGCAGAUCAGUAUAAAACAGCUCAGAGCCAGUGGCUGACACAGCAUCAGCCUUCAAUGAAACAAGUAAUGGCAAUAAUAGCAGAGCGUGAUGCAGCAAUCCAAGAGAGAAAUCUGGCUAUAUCAGAGAAAAAAGCAGCAGUAGCCGAACGAGACAUGGCAUUCCUUCAGCGAGACACAGCUAUUGCUGAGCGCAACAACGCGGUAAUGGAGAGAGAUAAUGCACUCGUGGCCCUUCAAUACCGUGAGAGUUCCAUGGUGACUACUGCCACUAUGUCCUCGUGUACAGCGGGGUGCCAAAUUUCCCAUGGCGUGAAGCACAUGCACCAUCCUCAGCAACAUCAUCACAUGCAUCAUCAUCAUCAUCACAUGACCCAGAUGGGUGAAAACGCUUAUGGUUCAAGAGAAUUAGAGCCAAAUGAUGCUCUCCCGACAUCACCUACUGGGGGCACCAUGGAAUCUGCAAAACCAAAGAGAGGUAAAAGACCGAAAGAACCAAAGACGACGACAUCUGCUAUCAAGAAAGGAUCGAAGAAUCAGAGGAAGAUCAAGAAAGAGAGCGAGGAGUUGGACUUGGACAAGAUAAUGAUAUUGAAAACCCAGCAUUACCAAAACAACGACGAAGAAGAAGCAGGCAAGCAUAUCGGUCUAGGAUCCAAAUCCGAUUGGAAAGGCCAGGAAAUGGGGCUUAACCAAGUUGUUUACGACGAGACAACGAUGCCACCGCCUGUUUGCUCAUGUACCGGAGUUCUUAGGCAAUGCUACAAAUGGGGAAACGGUGGAUGGCAAUCUUCAUGUUGCACAACCACACUGUCGAUGCAUCCUCUCCCGGCUCUGCCCAAUAAACGACAUGCACGCGUUGGUGGCCGGAAAAUGAGCGGCAGCGUUUUCAACAAGCUGCUCAGCCGCCUCGCCGCUGAAGGGCACGAUCUUUCGAACCCGGUUGAUCUCAAGGACCAUUGGGCGAAGCACGGGACCAACCGCUACAUCACUAUCAAGUGAAAGUGCCUGCCUUUUAAGGUAUUGCAACCAAAUUCAUAUGUGAUCCCUGAAAUGCAAAAAAAAAUAAAAAUAAAAAAAAUUGUAUGUUUCAUGCCCAUUUUGUAUAAUAUUGGAUAAGUUAGCAGUUUCUUGAAUUGAUAAAACUUGGAAAGUAAAUCUUAGAUCAUGGGGCGUCCUUGUCUGAAAACGUUAGCGAAUUGAUCUUACAAUGAUCACUUGUUGUAAUUCUUUUGCUUAGUGAAAUAUUAAUCUGUCCUGUAAAAUAUCUCUUCUUCCA